AUGUGUAGGGGUUGUCCCCCUAUCAUUCUUGGCGGUCUUACCUUAUCCUAUCCUCGCAGCGUCAGGGGAUUGCCUCCUCGGUUGCAGAGCCCUGGAUGUGUAGGGGUUGUCCCCCUAUCAUUCUUGGCGGUCUUACCUUAUCCUAUCCUCGCAGCGUCAGGGGAUUGCCUCCUCGGUUGCAGAGCCCUGGAUCGUCAGGGGAUUGCCUCCUCGGUUGCAGAGCCCUGGAUGUGUAGGGGUUGUCCCCCUAUCAUUCUUGGCGGUCUUACCUUAUCCUAUCCUCGCAGCGUCAGGGGAUUGCCUCCUCGGUUGCAGAGCCCUGGAUGUGUAGGGGUUGUCCCCCUAUCAUUCUUGGCGGUCUUACCUUAUCCUAUCCUCGCAGCGUCAGGGGAUUGCCUCCUCGGUUGCAGAGCCCUGGAUGUGAAGGGGUUGUCCCCCUAUCAUUCUUGGCGGUCUUAUCCUAUCCUCGCAACGUCAGGGGAUUGCCUCCUCGGUUGCAGAGCCCUGGAUGUGUAG